GCAGAAACAUGCUACUUAGCUCAGAAGAAUCUCCCAUCUCCCAAAAAUGGAGAAACCUGCAGAGCUCGUGUUCAUCCCAUCCCCUGGUAUAGGCCACCUGGUUUCAACACUUGAGAUAGCAAAGUUCCUCCUGUCUCGAGACGACCAACUCUUGAUCACUGUCCUCAUCAUGAAGUUUCCCGCUGUUUCCAAAGGCACUGAUGCUUAUGUCGAGUCAUUUGCAGACUCUUCUUCUCCCAUAUCACAGCGUAUCAAGUUCAUCAACCUCCCACAAGUCAAUACUGACCAUACGGAAGGCAGUGUCCGCAAUAGCUUGAUCGGUUUCGUUGAAAGUCAGCAACCCCAUGUUAAAGAUGCCAUCACAAAACUCAGCGAGUCCCAGACUCGACUUGCGGGGUUUGUCGUCGACAUGUUCUGUACGGCUAUGAUCGACGUGGCCGACCAAUUUGGUGUUCCUAGCUACGUGUUCUUCACCUCCAGCGCCGCCGCGCUCGGGCUAAUGCUCCACGUCCAAGCGCUGCGCGAUCAAGAAGGCAAGGACUGCACCGAGUUCAAAGACUCCGACGCUGAGUUGCUCAUCCCGAGUUUUGUCAAUCCCUUGCCAGCUGCUAAAGUCCUGCCUGGCAGGCUAUUCGUAAAGGAGGGAGCAGAAUCAUUUCUCAACAUUAUCAAAAGGUUUAGAGACACCAAGGGUAUUUUGGUGAACACGUUCGCAGACCUAGAAUCGCAUGCCCUUCAUGCUCUUUCAUCUGAUGCCGUGAUCCCUCCCGUAUAUCCGGUAGGACCCUUACUUAACUUGAACACCAAUGAAAGUAGUGUGGAUUCGGACGAGGCCAAGCAGAAGUCUGAUAUCUUGAAAUGGCUUGAUGAUCAGCCUCCAUUGUCUGUAGUGUUCUUGUGCUUUGGAAGCAUGGGAAGCUUUGGCGAGGACCAGGUGAAAGAGAUCGCCCAUGCCCUGGAGCAGGCGGGCCAUCGGUUCUUGUGGUCCUUACGUCGGCCCCCACCCACAGGAAAAAUUGCUUUUCCAAGUGACUACGAUGACCACACCGGAGUUUUGCCCAAAGGGUUCCUCGAUCGAACAGUUGGGAUUGGAAAGGUCAUAGGCUGGGCCCCGCAAGUUGCCGUCUUGGCUCACCCAUCUGUGGGAGGAUUUGUAUCCCAUUGUGGGUGGAAUUCCACGCUUGAGAGUCUUUGGCACGGUGUGCCCGUUGCUACGUGGCCAUUGUACGCGGAGCAACAGCUGAACGCGUUUCAGCUGGUGGAGGAAUUGGAAUUGGCGGUGGAAAUUGAUAUGAGCUACAGGAGCGAGAGUCCAGUUCUUGUGAGCGCGAAGGAGAUAGAGAGAGGAAUAAGAGAGGUGAUGAAACGUGACAAUGAUAUAAGAAACAGAGUGAAAGAAAUGAGUGAGAAGGGCAAGAAAGCUUUGAUGGAUGGUGGGUCGUCAUACUCUUCUGUGGGACAAUUUAUUGAUCAGAUUUAAAAUUCAUGAUCAUACGUGGAUCGGGUCCUUGCAUCUUGGAGGCGCAGAUAUGGGUGUAGAAAGUGUUCACACUUACUAGGUAGAUUUGUUGAACAAAUUUGCUUACUAUGACUGUUGAUGUAUUCAGAGUUGAAUAAAUAAAAUAAUACAACAUAGUUUAUUCAGUGGAAA